AUGUACAUCAUGUUCCCCAUCGGCUGGAUGUACUACUUUGGCACAAACCUCGACGAGCGCUUCUCCAUCCCAGACUUCUGGCCCAAGGAGAACGAGACCCAUCACAUUCCCUUCGAAAAGGACGAGAUUCAGUCAGAAUUGGCUAGACUACGCGCUCGCCGUUUGGCCGCUCGCCAGAGAAGAUUCGAACUCGAGGGCAAAGAUGCUCCUGUUGAGCAGCACGUCGACUCUCAACCCAGUCCCAUCCUCGAGACUCUGAAGAACACUGAUUCUGCCUCCUUCCAACAGCCACAGCAGCCCGAACAAUCGACAAACAACUCACAAUCCCAAGGCUGGUUCUCAUGGCUCAAGUAG